UUAAUAUUAUUUUUAUUACAGAAUAAGAGUUAGGGAUAUAAACGAAGCCUUUAAAGAAUUAGGUCGCAUGUGUAUGAUGCAUUUAAAAACAGAUAAAGCCCAGACCAAACUGAAUAUUCUUCAUCAAGCUGUUGAAGUUAUAACAAGCUUGGAACAGCAAGUUCGAGAACGAAAUCUGAAUCCAAAAGCUGCCUGCCUAAAAAGGCGGGAAGAGGAAAAAAAUGAGGAGGGCCCAAAAUUAGGUAUGCAUGCUAUUCCUCAUCCACAAACUUUGGAAUCAUUACCACAUCAGCGGUUGGCCACUACAAUACAGGGAACUCAAUCACUAUUGCCUCCCAGUCAGCCACAGUUGUAGAGCUUUCAAUAUUUUAGUCUACCAUGUGGUGUAGUUGAAAGAAAGGAAACAUGAGAAAUUUUACAGGAACUAUCAAAGUUAUGAUAGCACUCUGAGAUAAGAGGCUAUUAUUCAAACUUCCCCAUGUUGCCAAGUAUUCUGCACAAUUAAACAGGGCUGCUAUCGUCGGGUUCUCCCUGUGAACUGACAUGACUGCACCAUGGGCAUGCUUUUCAUCAAACAAGUGUUUUUCUACUGUUAUUUCACCUCAAUGUAUAAAAACAUGUAGAAAAUAGCAGCAUGUUAAAAUCAAUGCUGUUUUUACAAUGCCUGUUGCACUUUGCAUAUCAAUUCUUGGUAAAAAAAAAAAUUGGCAACUUAUUUAAAAAUGGCAAAUCAUAUUUUAUUUCAAAUUGGAUGAAAAGAUUUGGUAAUCAUUUGCUUUAUUCUAAAUUUUUAGCCUGAAUAAUUAUAGUGCUGCUAUAAUCACAUGAACUAUCCCCUUUUUCUGGCAAUCAUCAUUCUUAACAGCUUAUUACUGCCUCAUGGUUUUGGGGAUUGAGCAGUAUCUGACAGCUUUCUUGAAAAAGUGUUGGAAUGCAGCAUAUGCAGGAAUUAUAGUACUUAGCACUUGAUAGUAAAUCCUGCAUUAUGUUUUAUCUGGCUCUGCUAUGUGGAAGUCAUUUAAAGCAGAAGGUUGAAGUGUAUAAUCAUUACACCCAUUGACCAAACUGCAGUUUGUACAGUGAUGUUUUUACAAAAAAGAAAAAAGAAAAAAAAGAAAAGACAAAAGGUACUUUUCUGAAAUUUUUUCCAUCGUGUUUCUGAUGAAAAAUUAUUCAAGUACUUAACAUGGUAAGGAAACCUGAGCUUAAAAAAAUUUUUAACAUUGAGUAUCUUAACUACAAUUCAUUCCAUUAUAUUAUUUUCUACUAGUAUAGUUCAUUUUGUUUUUUGAGACUUGUUAUGAAUGUAAAAGAAAGAAUAUUGACAAUGGAAAGUUUUUCAAUAAUUGGAUUAAUUGGCACUGUGUUGACUUAAUGAAUAGUAAAUGAUUUGAAGACACAGAAUUUAUCAGAGGGCAUUUUUAUGUGCAUAUAUUUGUCAAGUUUAGUUAUUGUUAUAAGAGGCAUUUUUGAAAAUCAUGACCAAAGGAAAUCCAAUGAAAAUGAUUACUGAUUUAUAUGUGUACUGCUGCUGUGUAGCAAGCAUUUUUAUUAUUGUUAUCUUGAGCAAUUAGCUGUAGUGGAACUGCAGUAAAGCCUCAUUUUAACUUUGCCAGAGCAUUUUUUUUAGAUCUGAUGUAAAAAAGAAGAAAAAAGCUGAAUUGUGAGGUAGAUGCAUUUGGCAUAUUAUUGACUGUUUCAUUGUUAUAAUAUUUUUAUACUGUCAUCAUCAUCAAUAGAUCAGUGGUGCAUAUCUUCCCUACGCUUCUCUUAAUCUUCAGAGUAGAGAUAACUCUUCUGUAUCCAGUGCCCAUGGAAAGCAAAUGGAAACUGUGUGGCUCUUGUCCUUUCUAUUUUGGUAUACUAUUCUACAUCCCUUGCUGUGUAGCAUUCCAUCAUGGAAUACUUAAGCACAAACUUUGCAUAUCGAAGGAAAGAUGCCACUUGACUUGUUUUACUUGUUCACUCUAUCAAGUUGUUUUUCUUUGAGUGAACUUCAUAAAAACUUUGCCAUAUAUUCAACGAAAGGGAGUUUAGAAGGCAUGCAUAAAGUAGCAUUGUCUGCAAAAUAAAUCAUAUCUUCUAUCUUUGUAGAAACAACUGAGGAGAUACAAAUGCCUUUUUCAUUUCUUUUAAUUCCAGUAGUGGAGAAUAUUUAAAAAGAAAAAAAA